UAUUAAUAUGUUAGUAUUAAUACUAUUACCAUCUUAUUGCAAUAUCGUGGAAACUAACUUUUCUAUCUUCUAUUGAGUUUGCAAAGUAUUCCAGGUCUUAACUGGGUAAUUUAUUACAAUAUAGUAUUCUUUCUAGAGGUAGACUGUGCUAUGACUUGUAGCAUGGAGAGAUGGACUUGAAAAUUAUCUAAAAUCAAAUGAUUAUGUUUGUAUAUGUUCUAUGAUUUUUAGGGAACUAUAGUAAUUACAUAUACUCAGUUUCAUAUCUGUAUCACUUAGCUUCCAGAGCAGUCUCCCAUUUUCUUUAGUAAUUUUAGCAAUUGAAUUGCUGCCUCUUGCCCACUGCUGUCAUGCUCAGUGGUGCUGGUGACUUUUCUAACACCCUUGACCUUGAACCUCUUAAUGCGAGUGAACACUUUCAUCCUGCUUCAGUCAUAUAUUUCACAGCCACAACUUGCACCUGAACAUCAUUAGGAACCAACCUCUCUAGCUUCAAGAUCUCAAACUUCAAAAUCAGUCUCCCAAUCCCUUAUAACCCAAGUCCUUAAUCCUCACUCUCCCAUGCAAGUUGUGAAUAUUUUUGCUUUAAAAUGUUAUCAGAGUGGCUCAAACCUGUAAUGGAGUACGAGGUCAGGAAUUUGAGACCAGCCUGACCAACAUGGAGAAACCCCAUCUCUACUAAAAAUACAAAAUUUGCCAGGCAUGGAGGUACAGGCCUGUAAUCCCAGCUACUCGGGAAGCUGAAGCAAGAAAAUCACUUGAACCGGAGAGGCAGAGGUUGCAGUGAGCUGAGAUCAUACCACUGCACUCUAGCCUGGGCGACAGAGUGAAACUCGGUCUCAAUUUUAAAAAAAUGUUACUGGGGCUGGGUGUGGUGCCUCAUGCCUAUAGUCCCAGCACUUUGGGAGGCUGAGGUGGGAGGAUAACUUGAGCCCAGGAGUUUGAGACCUACCUGGGCAAAAGAGGGAGACCUCAUCUCUAUUUAAAAAAAAAUUUAGGUCGGGCACGGUGGCUCACGCCUGUAAUCUCAACACUGGGAGGCCGAGGUGGGUGGAUCACGAGGUCAAGAGAUCGAGACCAUCCUGGUCAACAUGGUGAAACCCUGUCUCUACUAAAAUACAAAAAAAUAGCUGGGUAUGGUGGCGCAUGCCUAUAAUCCCACCUACUCCGGAGGCUGAGGCAGGAGAAUUGCCUGAACCCAGGAGGCGGAGGUUGCGGUGAACCGAGAUCGUGCCAUUGCACUCCAGCCUGGGUAACGAGCAAAAUUCCCAUCUCAAAAAAAAAAAAAAAAAUUUAAUUGGCAGGGUAUGAUUGUAGUGCCAGCUACUUGGAAGGCUGUGUGGUAGGAUUGCUUUAACCCAAGAAUUCCAGGCUACAGUGAUUGCACCACUGCACUCAGACCCUUUCUCUAAAAAAUAAAACUUAAAUCACUCACUUAUUCAAAAAAUACACAGUGAGGCCAGGCUCAGUACUCACACUUAUAAUCCCAGCACUUUGGCAGGCUGAGAUGGGAGAAUUGUUUGAGUCCAGGACCAAACAGUUGAGACCAGCCUGGGCAACAUAGUAAGAGCUAGGUCUCUACAAAAAAAAUUAAAAAUUAGCCAGGUGUAAUGGUGUGUGCUUGUAGUCCCAGCUAUUCAGGAGGCUGAGGUGAAAGUAUUGCUUGAACCUAAGAGGUUGAGGCUGCAGCGAGCUAUGAUCACACCACUGCACUCACCUCAUUUAAAAAAAAAAUGUGCAGUGACUCCCAUUUCCAAUUCAAAGAGCUCUUAUGAAUGUCUCAAUACUUGUCUAGCAUAUGUGGAUGUUUCUGGACUCAAAGUGGUCACCAUAGGUGGGAGAUCAAGUUGGCAACAAUAGUUUUCCAAGGUUAUACACCUGUAUCUCAGACAAAUUGAAGUAUAACCAUCUCAGAGGUUGUUUGUUUUUGUUUUGUUUUGUUUUGUUUUGAGAUACAGUGUCCCUCUGUUGCCCAAACUGGAGCGCAGUGGCUCAGUCUUGGCUCACUGUAACCUCUGCCUCCCAGGUUCAAGUGAUUCUCCUGCCUCAGCCUCCCGAGUAGCUGGGACUACAGGCACAUGCCACCAUGGCUGGCUAAUUUUUUGUAUUUUUAGUAGAGAUGGGGUUUCGCUGUGUUAACCAGGAUGGUCUCGAUCCCCUGACCUCGUGAUCUGCCCACCUCGGCCUCCCAAAGUGCUGAGAUUACAGCCAUGAGCCACUGCACCCAGCCAUCUCAGAGGUUCUUAAAGCAUGUUCCAGGAACCCCUAGGUAAAAUGUCUUACUGCUCAUUAGGUGAUUAUUGACCAAAUAGUUGAGUGGAAAUACUGGCCAGGCGCAGUAGCUCACGCCUGUAAUCCUAGCACUUUGGGAGACCGAGGCAGGUGGAUCACUUGAGGGCAGGAGUUUGAGACCAGCCUGACCAACAUGGUGAAACCCUGUCUCUACUAAAAAUACAAAAAUUAGCUGGGCAUAGUGGCGCAUGCCUGUAAUCCCAGCUCCUUGAGAGGCUGAGGCAGGGAGAAUCGCUUGAACUUGGGAGGCAGAGGUUGCAGGGAGCCGAGAUCACACCACUGCACUCCAGCCUGGGCAACAAAGUGAGAGCCUGUCUCUAAAAAUAAAAAAGAAUGUAGGAGGGACAGUCAGAGGAGAUGUGACAAUGGAUAGAGAGAUCAAAGUGAUACAAUUGCAGUCUUAGGAUAUAAGGAAGUCAUGAGCCAAGAAAUAAAGCUUCUAGAAACUGGAAAAAGCAAGGAAAAGAAUUCUCUAGAGCCUCCGGAAGGAACACAGCCCUUUGGUUUGAUUUUACUUUGAUUCUAGUGAAAUCUGUUUUGGACUUCUGACCUACAGAACUCGGCCGCCGUAGACGAGGUUUGCAAGAUGGCUGCCUGCGCUUUUGCUGGUGCGGUGAAAACGGCUUCAGGAAUCCUACGGCCCCUAAAUAUUUUGGCAUCUUCAACCUAUCGAAAUUGUGUCAAGAAUGCCUCUCUUAUUUCUGCAUUGUCCACUGGACGUUUUGGUCACAUUCAGACAUCAGUUGUUUCCUCCACUUCCAGACUUAUCACAUCUGAGAAAAACCUGACAUGUGGGCGUACUUCAGUGACCCUUAAUAGAGUGGCCCCCUUGCUUCCAAGUGUCCUGAAGCUACCAGUCAGAUCUCUAACAUACUUCAGUACACGAAAAGGCAAGAGAAAGACUGUGAAAGCUGUCAUCUACAGGUUUCUUCGACUUCAUUGUGGACUUUGGGUGAGAAGAAAGAGUGUCACUCCAUCGCCCAGGCUGGAGUGCAGUGGUACAAUCUCAGCUCACUGCAACCUCUUACUCCUGGAUUCAAGCAAUUAUUUUGCCUCAGCCUCCCAAGUAGCUGGGAUUACAGAUGGGAGUUUUGCUCUUGUUGCCCAGGCCAGAGUACAAUGGUGUGAUCUCAGCUCACCGCAACCUCCGCCUCCCAGGACCAACCUUUCUCCAUGUUGGUCAGGCUGGUCUCCAACUCUAGACCUCAGAAAAAUACUUCCUGGGGCCGGGCGCAGUGGCUCAAGCCUGUAAUCCCAGCACUUUGGGAGGCCGAGGCGGGUGGAUCACGAGGUCAAGAGAUCGAGAGCAUCCUAGUCAACAUGGUGAAACCCCGUCUCUACUAAAAAUACAAAAAAUUAGCUGGGCAUGGUGGUGCAUGCCUGUAAUCCUAGCUAUUCAGGAGGCCGAGGCAGGAGAAUUGCCUGAACCCAGGAGGCGGAGGUUGUGGUGAGCCGAGAUCAUGCCAUUGCACUCCAGCCUGGGUAACAAGAGCAAAACUCCGUCUCAAAAAAAAAAAAAAAAAAAAAGAAAA